AUCAACCCACCACCUCUCCUCUCCCACUCCUUGUUCCUUUACCAAUACACUAUCUAUGAUUCUCUCAUCUCUCUCUAUCUCCCUCUCUCUCUAACUCCAUGUCUGAUCAGAGAGAUCUCCGAAGAAGGAAGCUUCCGGCCAAUCGGAGAACCGCCAGACGAUCGCCUCGUCCUAGAAUCAAUUCGGAGGCAGGAAGGAGUCCAUCGGAAUACGCCAAUAUUCUGACGAGCUACAAGUCGGAGCCGAUCCUGCCAAACGCCGGCGGCGGAGAGGUGGUGGUGAUCGUAGAGCAGCAGGAGGAGGAAGUGCUUUAUCGGCCACAGACAUGUACGGACAUAUUUUUGCCCCCUUCUGAACCCUUACAGCGGUACAAUAGAGAUGCAAAGGUAGUGGUGAAUGUGACGGUUGAGGGAAGUCCAGGAGCAGUUAGAACCAUGGUUAAGUUAGGAUCCGACGUGGCGGAGACGAUCAAGCUCGUCAUCAACAAAUACAACCAAGAAGGCAGAACGCCUCCUCUUCAUGAAGCCGCAGCUGCUCAUUUUGAGCUUCACCACUCCUUUUUCAGCCUUGAGAAAUUGAGGAAGUCGGAUUUGAUCGGUGAUAUUGGUAGCAGAAGCUUUUAUCUUCGGAAGCAGAGUAACAUGAGCAACCAUGAAAAUGAAGCAGCACAGAUUUCCAAUGCUCGUCCUUUCCUUCAAAAAUUCUUCAACACCAUUAUUCGAGCAACACAAAAGAUGUGGAAAAUAUUUGGUUGCAUUCCUUAAUUUAUUUAACUAUAUUGUUACUAUUUUUUUUUACAUGUAUAUACAUAAGAAGAGUAUGUUGUUACUAUAUCAUCAUUUUUGGAUGAUUGGUUAACAUGGGAAGGCUGCAUUGUGUACAUAUAUAUUUGUGGUAUUGUAAAUCUCAUAGUUUGAAUUGUUAUAAGAGUAUUCAACAAUAUGUUUUGUUA